AUGAAUGUUACUAUUGAAGAAUCCGGUAUUCUUAGAUCUUUAGGGGUCAAUAAUUUGAUACUAUUAUCAAUUCCAAUUGCUGCUAUACUUGUAUAUCUCUCAUAUCUUCAAAAGCCAAAACCAAAGGUAAACUCAAACAAAAAUACAAAUACAAAUACAAACACAUCUAAAGAUUAUAAAAUAGCUGAUAGACCAUUAGGAUAUUGGAAACCUGAUUAUUCAUUCAAGACACCUACUCCACCACCAUUUCCUAAUUGGGAUUUUGAAAAAACUAGACCAAUCCCAUAUCGUGCAUUUAGACAUAAAUACAAUGUUACUAUGGGGAUAAGAAGUAUGAAUUGGGAUUCAUGGAUUGAAUUAGAUAAUGAAUGGAAAUUUUAUCAUGAUUUAAAAUUGAAACGAUUACAAGAAAAAGAAUCAGAACUUUCCGGGAUGUCUGAUUUGGCUCAAGAUGCAAGUUGGGAAUUAUUACAAGAAUUAUGUCAAUAUUUACCUGCUAGAUAUCCGACAAUGUUUAAAUUUGAAAAUGGAAUCAUGAACAUUAUACCUACUGGUGAGAAAUACGAUUUAAAAGAUAAAUCAAAUUUAAACCCCAUUGUCACUGCUGCUAAAUUAGUACAAGAUGAUCUUGCCAUUAUGAUAGAAAAGGAAGAUGGAAGUUAUUAUUUGGAAUCUGGAUGUAUUUGUCUUGCUGGAUUUUGGAGAUUAAAAGAUAAGUUUGGCAUGAAAUUAGAUGAUAUUCAUAAAAGUGGUGAUGUGCCUCAAUAUGAUAAACAAUUGAAAUCAGGUAUGAAUAAAUUUUUCCGUAGAUUAACGGUUAAUUCCCCCGUGGUCCGUAAUAAUUAUUUCAUUCAAACUGAUAAUAAUUUGGAUUGGUCAGUUUCCAUUGGUUCAGAAAAUGAAGAAAAAAUCGGUUGGUAUACCGCUGAUGAAUCUGAUGAUGUCAAUAAAUUAUAUUUUAGAAGUGAAAGACAAAGUUUAAGAAGAUUACCUAUUAGUGGAGCAAUUGUUUUCACUAUUAGAACUUAUUUUCUUCCCGUUACACAAUUAUGUGAAGAACCUUAUAUCCCAAGAAGAUUAUUGAAUGGUAUCCAAAGUUGGAGUGAAGAUGUUGGUGAAUACAAGGGUUUCCAUAUUUUUAAAGAUGCAUUAUUGCCUUAUUUGGAGAAGAAAGCUUUGGAACAAGAAGCAAAUGGAUUGGAUCCUACUAAGGAACCACAGGUAUAUCCAUUUUAA